UCUUGCACCAAAAAAAAAAAAAAAUCGAAGCUUUGAUUUGUCGUGUAUGCGCAUAUGAUCUUCUUAGCCUCCUCGGAAGAACAUGAAUACAUGAUUGAUAGAAAUCAUCUGAAAUCCAUGCGCUAGUAGGUAGAAACACGAUGCGGGGAUAAGGGGAAAUUGAGGAGGCUGGAAGACGAGAUUGAAAAAGAAUUGCUUAGGGUGGCUCGGCAUCUACGUGGUGCUCGGCAUCUUUUCGGCUAUUGCUCUCAAAUCUCAAAAGAGCCACAAAUUUUUUUUAACUUGAAACUCGUCAGUAUCUUUCCUUUAUCUUAAUAAUUUAAGCAUGGGCCAAAGCCAAUCUAUUCGGUGUCUGAAAGAUUCGAGUGCUAUCAAAAGCCGCAGUGUUGAGCAGCUGAGUUCCACUGUGCUCCGUUGCUGCUCACUUUCUCGUCUUGUGAGUUGUGAGCUUGUGGUCAUGUCUCCUCCUCCGAUGGCAAUGCUCCUGCUCGCCGCCACAAUAGCACCCUUCGCUCUUGUCGCUGGCGGAGGCGGCAUCGCCGUCCACCCAGCUUACGCGGACGACGGCGCCGGCACGUGCGGUCCGGGCGCGGCGGUGGGGGCGCCUCGGCUGGAGGAGUACGACGGCGGGCGCAUCGUGGACAUCACACACGCGUACCGGCCGGAGCUGCCGGCGGUCGGACCGGACGGGCUGGGCCCGGUGGUGCAUCUGACGAUGUCCAUGGCGAACGGGACGCUCUUCAACCUGUCGGAGCUCCGCAUGGUGGUGCACGCCGGCACCCACGUCGACGCGCCGGGGCACAUGAUCCAGGAGCACUUCGAGGCCGGCCUCGACGUCGACAAGCUCGACCUCACUGUCCUCAAUGGUAGCUUGCGAAAGAUUAUUCUGUCCGUCUCGGCCAAGAUUAGUCUCAAUGGUUCAAUCGAAAAAUUAAUGGUCUAAACAUGGGCGGGAUUCAUUUUCCUUUAGGUGAUGUUGUCAGAUUCAGAAUAGAUGCGAAAUAGACUAUCCAUUAAUUGCUUGAAGUGCAGCAUUUUGCAUGCUAUGCUUGAUUAAAAUUCAUGUGGUUCUUGUAAAUGAUUUGACUGAUAAUGAUUGAUUCCUUUUCA